UAAUAAUAUAAAGUGUAGUCAGUUAUAUAUAAUGAUACAAUGUGUCUUAAUGCUGGAAAUGUAUUAAAUAAGAAGAAAAGAAAAAGUAAAAGUUUAAAAUAAAAUAAAAUCCAGUGAUAAAAGGUAAAAAGAUGAAACCACCCACAAACAGUCGUCAUCAGGUUUAUUAAACGGAACAUGGGGGCGUCCCGGUGGGGGGGUGGGGGGGCUGGAUAUUUUGGUCCAAGCGGAAACAGAACCAAAACCAGCAGCAGAUAACCGGAAGUGGUGCUGCUCUGUCUUCAAAAUAAAAGCUCCGCGUUCCAGUCUGCGGGGUCAGCUCAUCAGAACUCUUACAACUGUCAGAAAUGACGAUCAAUACACGAGUCUGAUCACAAUAUUUUCAGCUGUCGCUGCCUGUUAACGUUCUAUAAAUAUAUCAAUUAAUACUCAAUAGUUUCUGCCUUAAAUAUAUAAAAUAAAGAUGAAUUCGUUUCUCUGGUUUGAUGUCAGAGUCGCUGUGUUGAAAAGGAGCCGUUUCAAUAAAGAACAUCGUUGUGUUUGGAGAAACUGUGGCAGUGUGAAGAGGGAAAGUCCCAGAAAUCCCCCUCGCUUUAACGUUUAAACAUGCUUUUAUUGUGUAACGGUCACAGGAAGUGCCGAUGAUCCUAACGGCCGCUGCCUUGACGGAUGUUGCGUCACUGCUGAGUUAAAACACGCAGAGUCGAGUCGAUCCGAGCUCCAAAAGGCCUCAAAACCCGGACCAGAUGGACCACACCAGAACCUGAAAACCAGGGCAGAAACCCGGAUUAACACCUGGACUCAAAAACCGGGAUUCAAUACGGAAACUCCCGGGACGAAAACCGGAUUAAACCCCGAUCCUCGGAGUCUUUAAACCGGACUGAGGACGCUUCAGUGACCGGGGUCUGCUCCUCCAACAUGGCCGACGCUGAGGUCUCCGUGUCCCCGGCUCUGCGGCCGCUCCACCUCAGCUCCUCCCACGCCGCCCCUCCCCCGGCCUCCUCCUCCUCCCCCACCACCUUCUCCUGCCCCUCCUCCCCCUCCAGCGCCUCCUCCUCCUCCUCCUCUUCCUCCUCCUCCUCCUGCUCUGAGAGCUCCUCUGACUGCCCCAACCACCACCACCACCACCACCACCACCCCCGCCCUCAGCUGCAGCUGCCCCCGCCCCCCCUCAGCGAGCAGCCGUCCUCCCCCAGCGCCAGCCCCCGCAGCUCCAGCCCCAGCGGCAGCAUCGGCAGCACCGGCAGCCUCGGCAGCAGCAGCAGCGCCAGCGAGGGCAUCGGCAGCAGCGGGACGUCGAGCGGCGCCGGCGACCUGCGAGGACCGAGCCCACCGCUCGACGUCAUCUCCGAGGACGCCAUGGAGAUGGACCUGGGAGUCGACCAAGUGAUCGACCCUGAAGUGGCUCUGAAGGCCUGUCAGGAGGUUCUGCUCAAGGUCAAACUGCAGAAACAGGACGACAAACAACAACAACAGUCAGAUCUGUCGGAGCACUGCAGUCCUCAGUGGCACAUCAACCCUGACACCAGCUCCAUCAAAGAGGAGAACGAGGAGGAGGAGGAGGAGGGACAGAAACAUGGCGGUGCCUCCCAGCAGGUUCCUCCUCCUUCAGCCCGGCCAGAGUCUUCCUCCUGCUCCUCGUCUAAACAGUCCUGGCUGCUGCGCCUCUUCGAGUCCAAGCUGUUUGACGUUUCCAUGGCGAUCUCCUACCUGUACAAGUCGAAGGAGCCGGGCGUUCAGGCCUACAUCGGGAACCGGCUCUUCAGCUUCCCCAACGACGAGGUGGACUUCUACCUGCCGCAGCUGCUCAACAUGUACGUGCACAUGGACACGGAGGUGGGCGACGCCAUCAGACCAUACCUGAUCCAUCGCUGCAGAGGCAGCAUCACCUUCUCUCUGCUGUCGGCCUGGUUGUUGGGGGCCUACUCCUCCGACAUGCACAUCUCCACCCAGCGUCACUCCAGAGGAACCAAACUCCGAAAACUCAUCUUGUCUGACGAGCUCAAACCCUCCGACGCUCCCAGACCCGCGUCGGCCUCCGUCUCCGAGUGCCCCGUGUCCUCGCCGUCCCAGCACCGCUGCCACCACCGCCACAACAGCAGCAACGCAGAGGCCUCCACCUCCACCUCCCCGUCCUCCCCAUCCACCGCUCCCUCCCCGGACAGCCCCGAGGUCUUCGUCUCCCCGUCCAGACGGACCCACCAGAGAUCCAAAUCAGACGCCACCACGGCAAGCAGCGGGCCCGGCACCGGCCUCCGACGGACAGGGAGCAACCCAAAGGUGGAGGCGGUUCAUGAGGAGCCCGAGCGUCUCCGUCCUCAGAGGGAGUUCGUGAAGUCUCUCCUCUGCAUCGGGAAGCGUUUGGCGACUCUUCCGACCAAAGAGCAGAAAACUCAGCGUCUGAUCUCGGAGCUGUCGCUGCUGAACCACAAGCUGCCAGCUCGAGUGUGGCUGCCGACGGCCGAGCACCAGCACCACGUCUGCAGGAUCCCUCACAGCCAGGCCGUGGUCCUCAACUCCAAGGACAAGGCUCCGUACAUCAUCUACGUGGAGGUGUUGGAGUGUGAGAGUUUUGAGACAUCUCCUGUUCCAAUCCGGAUCCCAGAGACCAGGAUCCGUUCGGCUCGGUCUGCAGAGAACCUGGACUGUGGCAGCGGCGUCACGGCGACCGGCGCUAACGGGAUGACGUCAGAGCACAGGGCAGGAAGUUUCUCCACCGUCCCCAACUACGACAACGACGACGAGGCGUGGGCCACGGACGACAUCGGACAGCUGCAGGUGGAGGCUGAGGCUCAGACCAGCAGCAGCGACAACAUCAGUCAGUUCUCAGUCGACAGCAUCACGAGUCUGGAGAGUAAAGAGCCGGUGUUCAUCGCUGCGGGAGACAUCAGGCGUCGUCUGUCGGAGAACCUCGCUCACACUCCGACGACCUUCAGGAGAGACCCUGAGGACCCGUCAGCCGUCGCCCUCAAAGAACCCUGGGAGGAGAAAGUCAGGCGGAUCAGAGAGGGCUCCCCGUACGGUCACCUGCCCAACUGGAGGUUACUGUCGGUCAUCGUCAAGUGUGGAGACGACCUGAGGCAGGAGCUGCUGGCCUAUCAGGUCCUCCGACAGCUGCAGUCAAUCUGGCAGCAGGAGCGAGUUCCCCUCUGGAUCAAACCUUAUAAGAUCCUGGUGAUGUCGUCAGACAGCGGGAUGAUCGAACCUGUCCUCAAUGCCGUCUCUCUGCACCAGGUGCGUAAACAGAGUCAGCUGUCUCUGCUGGACUACUUCCUGCAGGAGCACGGCAGUUACACCACCGAGGCUUUCCUGACCGCUCAGAGGAACUUUGUCCAGAGCUGCGCUGGCUACAGCCUCAUCUGUUACCUGCUGCAGGUCAAAGACAGACAUAAUGGGAACAUCCUGCUGGACUCUGAAGGCCACAUUAUCCACAUCGACUUUGGCUUCAUCCUCUCCAGCUCUCCUCGUAACCUCGGCUUCGAGACGUCGGCCUUCAAACUUACGUCAGAGUUUGUCGACGUGAUGGGCGGUCUGGAUGGAGACAUGUUCAUCUACUAUAAGAUGUUGAUGCUCCAGGGUCUGAUCGCUGCCAGGAAACACAUGGAGAAGGUGCUGCAGAUAGUGGAGAUCAUGCAACAAGGUUCUCACCUCCCUUGUUUCCACGGCUCCAGCACCAUCCGAGGCCUGAAGGAGCGUUUCCACAUGUCCCUGACGGAGGAGCAGCUGCAGCUCCUGGUGGAGCAGCUGGUGGACGGAUCCAUGCGCUCCAUCACCACCAAACUCUACGACUCCUUCCAGUACGUCACCAACGGCAUCAUGUGACCGCAGACGACCUUUAACCUACCAGCUCUGACUGACCUCUGACCUUUUUCAAAGAUGGAGUCAGCGAAUUUUCUUCUUCUCUGGUGGAAACAGGAGCUGAAGGUGGAGCUGAGGGGAUUUACUGGAUCCAAUGUUCUCGUUAACCUCGUCUGAUUGUUCCCAAUAACAGAUUUCAGCGAUGGUUGUGUUCAUGUGCAGCUGGGAAAGUACGACGUCUGGGACUUUUCCAGAUAGGAAAAACACUAGAUGGACUCGACUGCUGCCUGAGACAAAUUCAAAUCAGAAACUAACAGACCUUGGAUUUUCCUGGAUUUUACUCUGAACCAGCAAAUAACCUGAGCUGAGCUUCGAAACGUUCGGAACAGGAGAGGAAACAGUGAGCACAGCUGGUUGUUAUGAUAUUAAAUCUUGUAAUUAAUUGGAAUAAUGAAGCCACAGAAAAGCAUGUAAACACAUCUCCUAAAACGAGCAUGAUUUAAGUUUGACAGCAGCUGGCAUCAGCUGAUCGUCUCCUGCUUCACGAAAAGCAAACUCUAAAAAACCAAAAUAUCGUUCCAACCCCACAAACACCAGCAGGACGUCUAAGGAACGGAGAACAACGGUGUGACGGUCGGUUCUGUCGUUCUCAAAGAACAGGAAGGAGAGAAAACACUAAACAGAGAAAGCACAAUGUGAACUUUACAAAAUGGUGUAGAAACAGAAAAAGAGAAAGAAAUGAAAAUAUCAUAUUUUACUUUGUCUGAGAGAAUUCCCCAACAUGUUGAGUUUAAAUUGUCGUCGUUUUCACCAGACGUCCGUCACAAUCAAAAGAGCUGAUUCUCGUGUUUUUAGCUCCAACAACAGAGAAAGUGAAAUAUUUAGAAAAAUAUUGGAUGCAUUGCCAUGAAAUGUGGGUUUCCUUCAGCUGUUGCAUUUCCAUGACACCUGCUAAACUAAUGACUGAACCCUCGUUAAUCUUGAACCUGUCUCUGUGGAUUGAAGGAAGCCAAAGAGCCAGGGAGGUUUUUGUUUGUUUGUUUGUUUUAAUGUAAACAACUAUAAUUCCAGCCUAAAUGGUUAAAUAUCAUUUGCUAAUCAUUGGAAAGACGCUAACAUUAAGAUGCUUCUGUCAUCAUCGUCUUUGAAUCCAAAAACAGGACAAACUGAAAAUCUGCGUUUUGCAGAACUAAUGUUUUAAUUUAUUAGUUUGUUUCACAUAAACCUGAUAUUUAACAUAAAUACAGUUUAUUCUGCAGUGCUAACUGCUGCUUUCCUAAAUUUUCAGCUAUUUAAAAAAACGUUUUAUGAAGUAGAAACUUUCUAAGUGUCUGGUGAAAGAAAACCAAUUAAAAGUCAUCGUGUCAACUCAUCAGUUUAUUUAAUCUAUGUUUGUUAGGGAAUAAUUCAAGUUUCCUUUGGUUUUCUGUUGUUAAAGAAAGGUCUGAGUUGAAUUUCAAUUGAAACAGAUUGUCGCGACACUCACUACACAAUGCUAAUGAAAACAAAACUCUACAAUGUUGAAUUAAACAGGAACAUUUACAUGAACAGUUUCAGAUUAACUGUUUUUUUCUGCAAAACUCGGCCAUUACUCGAAUGGUUUCCUGUCCAGUUUGAGCCAAAAUGGCUGCCAAGCUGCAGUGAUUCAUUUGAUUUAUGCAACAACCUCAUCGUCCCUGUUCCACUAACUGUAUAUCUGUGUAUAAGUGAACUGAAUUAACGUGUUACAGUUACAUGUCUGUUAAUGACAUGUUUGCAUAUUUAACAAACGUUCAACACGAGAUACAUUCCUGUGAUUGACUCGAGAUUAAUGGGAGUGACGGACUCUUUGGUUCUGUUUGACAGAAAAUUAAUUCUUCUUUCUGAGGAGAUCAGUAAUGAUCAGUUUCCUGGAUAUGUGAAUGUUUUUUUAAAAAACAGUCUAAACAGAUGUGUUCUCAGUAUUGACAAGCAAAGGCCUCUUGUCUGUACUUAAACACUUAUUAUUAUAAUGUCAUUACUAAUGCUGGUAACACUUAGCAAUGGCUUUACUCCAGUGUAUUACACCUGUGUAUUAACAUAUUAUUUGUACAUAAAAAUACUGCAUUUAUCUUUGAGAUUAAGGAUUCCAUGUGUACAUGGAAAAUCACUCUUCAGAUUCAAAUACUCAGUUUUACAAGUUGAUAUUUGUGGAUUAGCUAAAAAUUUGUAUAGUUCGUGCUAAUGCUAACAGUUCCUCUACUGCAAAUACAACUGCAGUUACAGACGUGAGGUACGUUAGCAGAGCCUAGUUAGCUCAUUGCUCUUGUACCCAUCAAAGUUUACAUGUGUAACAAAGUCUACAGUUACAGUUUGCUUGUAGCUAACACAAGAGUAGUGGAGUGAGCUGUUACUAGCUCACUGGCUAACUAGCUAACCAGGUACAGGCUACCACAUUAUACGUUACAACAGUAACUAAUACAGUAACACAGUGGAAAAAUUGUAAUAAAAUAUUUAAUUUCAUCAUAUUUAUCAUAAUUGUGUGCAGACUGUAUUCAGUUGUACAACGCUAUUUUAAUCAACCACUGUUGUUGUUUGUUAGCCAUUAGCCACAAUGACUCAGCUAAAGUUUUUGCUAACUUGUCUUAUUUUUUUCCUCAUUCUCUGUCAUCUGUUUUGUCUGUCUUAGUUUUUAGUCUUACAGAAUUUUUGUGAAAUUAACUCAUUAACUGCAGCAAAACAAAUGAUCCAUUUAUAAGAGUAAUGCUAGCUAGUGCUAAAGUAGAGUAGAAUGUCAGUAAAUGUGUGCGACAGGAAAAAUCAGUUUGUGACUUUUUGUUUUUCUGUUUCCAACCUGGUGGAAAUUAUUAUCUGAAGUAACAUGAAAGUGUAAAGACACUUUAAAGCCUUUCACUGGAAUAAAGCCAAUGUUUGUGUUACUGUCAUAUAAUUAACAUCUGUACAGUUGUUCUGAGGGUUUUGUUUUUGUUUUGACCACUAUUGAAGGAGAAGCACAGAUCUGUUAUUGUAAAAGCAGCAUCAUGUUACCUUCUGCUAACUGUUAGCGUGCUACUUUAUAUGCCACCACGCUUUACAAAGAUGCAGCUGUGACUUAAGUUUACCAGAUAAGCAACUUAAAUAGCAAAUACUCUUUCCUGUUCUUUCUUUUUGUUUGUGAAUAUGUAUGUAUGUAAAUGAACUGAGUUAGUUUUCCUGUGAGAAAAUCAGAUGCCUUGAGACGUACAGAAGGUACAAACUCUUAUCAAUGCAACAGGAGGGUCGAAGGUGUUCAGGUCUCAGACCUGAGAAGUGCUUUUCUAUCGGAUGUUUGACCACUUCAGGGACGAGUUUCAGCACUUAGAUGUCGUCCUCUCCUCAAAAAUAUCUAUAUCAUCAAGUUAUUCUCGUCACAGUUUGAAGACAGAAACAUAAAUAAUAAACUGACACUUUUGAAAUUCAAAGAAAGUGUAAAUUAGAAGUGUCAGAGCUAAACUUCAUUUGUCUCUACUUCAUAACCGGAAAAAAAAGCUGCUCAAAUGGUUGUUUUUCUGAAUGAAGUCUGGUGAGAGAAUGACAUUAUAAACUGAUGACACUCGUCCGUGCUACUAAAAACCUUUCAUUGCCUUCUUUCUUCCUUCCAUCAGCUCUGAAAACAUUCAAGAAUUUCGAUGUGAAAAACUCUUUAAGUGCAUUUAUCCUGACUGAACAAGUCUUCUAUCAUUUGUUAAAGAUUCCUUGUUGUUUUUAAUUUUGGUUGGUACUAAACGUUUAACACUAAAUCCAUUAAAAGAACAUAUUUAGUUUGAUUCUAUUGACGAGUUUCUAUUGAAAUCAAACAGAAUAGUGUGGAGGCUUUCAGUUGUCUUGAUUUCAAUGGAAAAUGCUAAUGAUGCUAACGUCAUGUGAGGCUAACUGACGGCUAGAUGAAAAACUUUAUUUUUCACUGUGUGAAGAGAAAAAAAUGACAUGAAAACAGUUUGGAUUUCAGUGUAACUUCUAUUUUUACAAACAGCAUCAUCUCAUGAGGAGGAGGAGGCAGCGCUGCGUUUAGGUUCAAAAACUCUCCGACCUGAAUUCUUCGGAGAGAGAUCUCAUAAGAUGAAAUACAGAUCUUUUAAUUAAUCUGUGGUUAUAAUUAUCAGUCUCAUAUGUAAGAGAUGUCCUGCUGUGAUUACGACAAAGUUUUUACAAAAUCUUUGGUUGUAGUUAUGAAAUACACAAAUCUGAAAUCUGAAAAAUUGUAAUUAUUUGAUCUUUGCAAAUUAAUUCUGUGAAUUUUAGAAUUUAUGGAUUUUGUCAAUACCUGAGAUUUGAUCAUAAUUCUGAUGAAAACUUAGAUAAACAAAUGUUACUGAGAUGUUAAUCUUGUAGAUCUUUGUAUUCAUGGAUUUUGUAGAUCUUCUCUUAACAUAACAAAAUACAAUUUAUUACAAACAUUAUGACAAAAGCAUAAUUAGUCAUAAUUUAGAGUCAAGUCUCCAGAUUUUUUUUUCUUGUGAUUAUGACACAAAGAUCUCACUCAAAUCUUAAUGUUAGAAAUGUGAAAUACAAAGUAGAGAGAAGGUCAGUAAACCUGUUCCUCCUCCUCCUCUCAGACCCUGAAUGUAAACCUGUCCUCAUUUUGUGUGUUCAGAUUCUCUCCGUUUGUUUCACAGGCUGAAAUCGAUCAGAUCGAUCAGUUUGUGUUGAUCAAUCAUGUACAGAACCAAAACUCACAUCCAACAGUUUGUCACGUGUCUCACUAAACUGCAUGGCAAUUCAUUCAAUAAACCUGAGACCUGUUUCUAAA